CGCUCUCUUCUAAAGAGAAAUAUGAUAGAGUGUGUAUGUGUGUGUUGAUCGCUCUAGUUGCCGGUAGUAUUCAGCCAAGCUAUAACCAAACACUUGUUGGAUUUUAUUUUUUAUUACAUAUAAACCAAUUUGAGAACAAAUAUGCCGCAUUACAAGCUGACAUACUUCAAUGUGAUGGGUCUGGGUGAACCCAUUCGAUUUCUCUUGAGUUAUGGAGAUCUUGAAUUUGAAGAUAUUCGUGUUGAGCGUGAAAAUGAGUGGCCUAAAAUGAAAAAAAGCACUGCUUUUGGACAGCUACCAAUUUUGGAAAUUGAUGGUGAAUCAUUUUCUCAGACAUUGCCAAUUUGUCGUUACUUGGGAAAACAACUGAAUUUGAUUGGAAAAACUGAUCUUGAUGCACUAAAAAUUGAUGGGGUUGCAAAUGCUCUACAUGAUUUACGAAAAAAUGUUGCUAUGUUCUAUCGUGAAACUGAUCCUGUUAUAAAAAAACAAAGAAAAGAAGAAUCUGUCAAUGUUACUGUUCCUUUUUAUCUCGACAAGUUGGAAGAGUUGGCAAAGACCAAUGGUGGAUAUUUUCAUGGCGGAAAGCUGAGCUAUGCAGACAUCUUUUUCGUUGCAAUCCACGAUUCUAUAGCAAAUGCCUGUGAAAUUCCAGUAACUGAAAAUCGUCCAAGCCUUAAAUCUCUCAGAGAAAAAGUUCUAGCUCUACCUGGCAUCAAAUCCUGGAUAGAAAAACGUCCCAAGCUUCAAUUUUGAGAUCAAAUUGUAUUUUUUUUUUAACCAUAAAAAGCUGUAUCUGAAAAAAUAAAAUAAAAAUUGUCAAUGUAAAAAUACAAAAUGUUAAAAAAUGUUA